AUGUCCGCGCCGAGCACGCCGACACUGGGCGGCAGCCCGACAACAAGCACCUUCCCCUCGGCCUCGCCCUCGGCCUUUCCCUCGGCCGCUCCGUCCUCGGCGUCUCCCACAAAUAAUGUGGGUAAUGGGGGCGGCGGCAGCAGCAGCAGUAACACCUUUUACCACAACCUCUUCUACAUCCUCAUUGCGGUGCUCGGCGCGUUCGGCGUCGUGAGCUUUAUCAACCUGAUGCGCACGCGCCGCCGCCGCCGGCUUGUGCUCGGCGAGGCAGACCGCCUCGGCCUCAUGGUGCCCGGCAUGCCGGGGUACGUGCCAUUGCGGGACCGUGCGGCGCUGCUCCAGGCCGACGGGUGGCGCCUGCCCGAGUGGUGGGAGAUUGUCGACAAGCAUAGCGUCGAGCGGGUUGAACAAGACAAGGAGGGGACGCCAGGAGAGAAGGGAUCGACAGAAACAGAGGGCGCGGUCGCCCAUGUUCGCGCGGCGGCGGGUGCAGACGACGCGCCGCCCGCAACGACAACAAUGAGCGCCGACGCUGGAGUCGUCGCCCCGUCCCCAUCAUCGUCGUCGGCACAUCCCCUCCCCCCAGCGUACGAGGCAGAGACGGAGACAUACUCGGGCUUGAUAGAGGUGCCAGAGUUAUCAGACCUGCACCCUCUCGCGCUCAUCCCCGUCCCCGAGGUGAUCGACGAGCCAGCAAAGCCGUGGUCCCCCAUCCCCUACUUUCCAAACUACGUCUCAUACCCCAAGACACUGCACAACCCGAAGAAGAAGCGCUUUGGCCAGGGCGUCGAGCCCGCAUACGACACGCUGCUCGGGGAGCCGAUCGACGUCGUCGUCGCGGUACGCAUGCCUGCACGCCCUAUCCCUUCGUCUGGUGACGAUGGGGACGAGGACGUGAUCAACGAAUGGGGCGGCCUAGAGUUAGGCGUCACGUCGUUAUCCGUGUCCAAGGGCGCAGAGGACAGCGCCAGGUCCAGCAGUCAUUAA